AACCAAAGCUGCUACACCGCGCAUGCCCAGUUCAUUGCUAAGGAAGAAGGGGGAAAAUGUCUCUAACGAGCUUCUUACCGGCUCCGACCCAGCUGUCUCAGGACCAGCUGGAGGCAGAGGAGAGGCUUCGGGCCCAGAAGUCCUACUCCACCGCCCUGGUGUCGUCCCGCAGAGAGCCCCCUCCUUAUGGACACAGAAAGGGCUGGGUGCCUCGCUCACUUGAGGACUUUGGAGAUGGAGGAGCUUUCCCAGAGAUCCAUGUGGCUCAGUUUCCUUUGGAGAUGGGUAGGAAGAAGAAGACCUCCAAUGCCCUGGCGGUGCAGGUGGAUGCAGAAGGAAAGAUCAAAUAUGACGCCAUCGCCAGACAAGGACAGAACAAGGAUAAGGUGGUCUUCAGUAAGUACACAGACCUUCUUCCAAAGGAAGUUCUGAAUGAAGACACUCCCGAACUACAGAAGCCUGAUGAGGAGGCUGUAAAAGAGCUGACAGAGAAGACCCGUGCUGCCCUGGACAAGCAGGUGUCUCAAAAGAUCGCAGCCGCUAUGCCCGUACGAGCUGCAGACAAACAAGCUCCUGCACAGUACAUCAGAUACACCCCGUCUCAGCAGGGAGUGGCUUUUAACUCGGGGGCCAAACAGAGGGUGAUCCGCAUGGUGGAAAUGCAGAAAGAUCCAAUGGAACCCCCACGUUUCAAGAUUAACAAGAAGAUUCCUCGAGGACCUCCGUCUCCCCCUGCCCCUGUCAUGCAUUCCCCAAGCAGAAAGAUGACCGUCAAGGAGCAGCAGGAGUGGAAGAUUCCUCCAUGCAUAUCCAAUUGGAAGAACGCUAAGGGCUACACCAUUCCUCUUGACAAACGUCUGGCUGCUGAUGGUCGGGGGCUGCAAACAGUUCACAUCAAUGAAAACUUUGCCAAGCUGGCUGAGGCGCUCUACAUCGCUGAUAGAAAGGCCAGAGAGGCAGUGGAGAUGAGAGCCCAGGUAGAGAAGAAGAUGGCCCAGAAGGAGAAGGAAAAGAAGGAGGAGAAACUGAGGGAACUGGCCCAAAUGGCCAGAGACCGCAGGGCAGGAAUCAAAAGUCACGGGGACAAAGGUGGCGAAGACGGCGAGGCCAGAGAGCGUGACGAGAUCCGCCAUGAGAGAAGGAAAGAGAGACAGCACGACAGGAACAUUUCCCGGGCUGCCCCUGAUAAGAGGUCGAAGCUGCAGAGAGACCAGGACAGAGACAUCAGCGAGCUCAUCGCUCUGGGCGUGCCCAACCCACGUUCCGCCAGUGAGGCCCAAUAUGACCAAAGACUCUUCAAUCAAAGCAAGGGUAUGGAUAGUGGUUUUGCUGGUGGUGAAGAUGAUACGUACAACGUGUACGACCAGCCGUUCCGCGGCGGCAGAGACAUGGCAUCAAACAUCUACCGGCCCAGCAAGAAUAUAGACAAGGACACCUACACAGAUGACUUCGACACACUCAUGCAAAACAACAGGUUUGUUCCAGACAAAGAGUUCUCAGGUGCCGACCACGGGCAGAGACGGGAAGGGCCAGUCCAGUUUGAGGAGGAUCCCUUCGGUCUGGACAAGUUCUUGGAGGAGGCCAAGCAGCACGGCGGCUCCAAGAGGCCUUCCACCAGCGGCCGCUCAAAGGACGACUACCACGACAAGAAACGCAGGAAGGAGUGAGUGCGACCGGGUACAGAGUCCAUGUAGGGCAGCUGCAAGCAUGUUAGAGGGCGGGGAGGCGGUCUGCACCCUCUCAGUGGGUGAGAGGUGUUUUAAUAUACUCAAGUCUCUAUCAGGAAUGAUCUGUCAGAUUUUUCUCUUCAUUCAGUGCGAGGAAAAGGCGAAAGGUUGUGAAUUCUUUUUUUUUUUUUCCCCCUAAUUGUUUCACAUAUUCAGAAUAUGUUGAGCAAUCGGUCAACAUAUUCACUCAUGUCAUGCUAAAUGACAUGAGUGAACACGUUACUUGUAACGCAAGUGGAGCUCUAGUGAAAACUGUGUAAGAUCAGGCUCUGCAUCUGAAAAUGUCUCUCAGUACAGGGCAGCAAAUAUCAUCUCAAAUGUGGACUGUAAAAUUUGGUGAUAUUUGGCCCUUGAAAUGUGUAGAUUUUAGUUAUUGCUUUUUUUUAUAUACAAAGUAAACCCAGCAGGAACUGUUCAUGUUCACAUUUUUCCUAAUUUGUUCGUCACCUUCCCCCUUUUUGAGUUUUUGUCAACUGUGUUUUAUUUAAGCUUACAGUCUAUUUGUGAGCACAGUCAAAACCAGUAUUUGAUGGCAGAUAUGUACAGCAGUAUAAACUUAUCAGUAGGAUGUAAAGCAGGCCAGCUUUAUAAUUCUUGUACAAUACUAUCAAUGGAAUAAAUUUCAUACAGUGUGUAAUUGGUA